CACAAGCUGAUUUAAGAGGCUGGCGCACAAGGGACACGCCACAGAAGAAGACUGGAAGCAAUGGACGCGACUUUACACAGCGAGACGAGUCCUCCCGCUUAGGAGAGCAUCAGAAGGAUGUACGUUUUUCUGCAGGUAUUCUGGAUUUGUGUAUUUGGAGCCUCUCCAGUUUCAGGUUACUUCCUGGGGGACACCAAGGCGGUUUUGCACGGCUGCAAUGACCACUGGACCCUGCAGGACAGGACGGCCAUGCCCUUGCUGUACCGCAUGACCGUGUGCGUGGACGUGCGGGUGGUGGACCCCGGUGCCUGGGUGGCCUUCACCUACAGCUCGGCCCAUGUCCCCAGGCCCGAGCUGGGCUUGGAGGGGGACGCGGGGGCGCUGUACGGGUGGCUGCUGGGGGUGAGACAUCGCUUCCCGGUGAAGCUCGCCCUGGGUCGCUGGCACAGCGUGUGCUUGAGGAGGGAUGUCCCCGGGAACUCCUUUAGUCUGGAGCUGGAUGGACGUCUGGUGGCGGAGCGCACCGUCAUCGCCCAGGCCAUCCCCCAAUCGGGCUCCCUGUGGCUGGGCUGCCGACCCCGACGGCAAGCGCCCGGGGCGGCGUUUGGCCGGCUGGAGGUCUACAUGUUCCGCAUGUGGGCCGACCUGGCCCGCCGGGUCGCCUGCGAGGACGGCACCGUGAUCGGCUGGGACGCCCAAUACUGGGGCGUGACCAGUCCUCGGGCUCGGCAGACGGACGACGGCCUCCCUUGUGCUCAAACGCCUGAACUUGGACACUCCUUUUCCCCUCCACCUUUAUUGACCUCCACAAUGGACACUAGUGAGCCUCUGUCAGUCAUAGCGGCCUCUAGUGGCCAUGUGGAUAAACCCUUACCUAUGACUCCGCCCACAACAACACUGCUGACGACAACAACCAGUGCAACAGUCCCAGUUAGCCCAUUAGCCCCGCCCUCUAGCUCUAGCUUGACCAAUCAGAUGUUAAUCAGCACCACGGUCCCUACUACAGAGUCUCUGACACUAGCUGACCAAACCACGCCCACCACAGGGCCCCACCCAACCAGUGCAGAAAUUCCAAUUAGCUUGUUAGCCCCGCCUACUAUCCCCAGCCUGACCAAUCAGGAGUCCAGCAGCUCCCAGGCUCCUCCUACAAGGUCUUUCGCGCCUGCUGACCAAACCUCACUCAUUGCGGCAAUGAAUGAAGACAUCCUAACCAGCACUUUAGUCCCGCCUCCUAGUCCCAGCCUGGCCAAUCAGGAGUCCAGCAGCACCCAGGCUCCUCCUACAAGGUCUUUAGCGCCUGCUGACCAAACCUCACUCAUUGCAGCAACAAAUGCAGACGUCCUAACCAGCACUUUAGUCCCGCCUCCUAGUCCCAGCCUGGCCAAUCAGGAGUCUAGCAGCACCCAGCCUCCUCCUACAAAGUCUUUCGCGCCUGCUGACCAAACCUCACUCAUUGCAGCAACAAAUGCAGACGUCCUAACCAGCACUUUAGUCCCGCCUACUAGCCCCAGCCUGGCCAAUCAGGAGUCCAGCAGCACCCAGGCUCCUCCUACAAGGUCUUUCGCGCCUGCUGACCAAACCUUACUCAUUGCGGCAACGAAUAAAGACGUCCUAACCAGCACUUUAGUCCCACCUACUAGCCCAAGCCUGGUCAAUCAGGGGUCCAGCAGCACCCAGGCUCCUCCUACUGCUCCACAAACUACACUUAAACCCCUUCCACUUGUUGUGUUAACAACAACCAACGAAAAAGUUCCGGCUAGUACGUUAUUCCCGCCUUUUCGCCUCAGCUCGACCAAUCAGGUGUCAAGCACCACCCAGGCUCCUCCUUCAACCCUGUCAGGUGGGCGUCACUUUAUUAUAAAAAAAUAG